AUGAAAGGGCCGGAUCUUGAGAGCGUUGAGAUUGACCCGAUAAACAAGCAAUAUCCGCAAGAUGACCGUGGCGGGUUGCUACCAAUGUUAAGUCGUAACACCAGUAGGGCAACAUCUAUCCGAAAGAAGCAGCCACCGCCAGGUGGAGGAGGACCGCCUAAGAUGGGACGGACAACCUCCAGCGCAGCCAAAGGGCUUAAUAGUCUGCGGUUUCUUGAUAGAACCGUAACUGGAAAAGAAGGGGAUGCGUGGAGGGCAAUUGAGAGACGGUUCCAUCAAUUCGCGGUCGAUGGAAAGCUUCCUAGAGAUAAAUUUGGAAUUUGUGUUGGAAUGGGAGAUAGCAUCGAGUUUGCGGGUGAAUUGUACGAUGCCAUGGCUAGGCGUCGGAAUAUAGAUGGUGAUGGAGGUCUAACUAAAGAACAAGUGAAAGAUUUUUGGCAAGAAAUGACAAAGAAAGACCUUGAUGCCCGUCUUAGUAUCUUCUUUGACAUGUGUGACAAGAAUGGAGAUGGGAUAUUAUCAGAGGAGGAGGUAAAAGAGGUACUUAUAAUGAGUGCCUCGGCGAACAAGCUUUCAAAUUUCAAGAACCAAGCCGGGACGUAUGCAGCCCUAAUCAUGGACGAGCUCGACCCUGAUCACCGUGGCUACAUUGAGAUGUGGCAACUCGAGAUCCUGCUAACGGGCAUGGUGACAAAGGAUGAGACGAACCCCAAAUUAACGAAGAAUGAUACUAAGAAUCAGAAUACUACUAAUCUAGCAAGAACGAUGAUCCCACAAAAAUAUCGAAACCCGAUUACUAGAUUCAUCAAUGAAUGGAUCGAAGCUAUACAAGAUAACUGGAAGAGAGUAUUGGUGACACUCUUUUUGCUUCUGCUUAACAUUGCGCUUUUCGCGUGGAAAUUCCAUCAGUAUACCCUAAUGAAAUCGUUCGAAGUCAUGGGUUAUUGUGUAUGUUUGGCCAAGGCUGCAGGCGAGACUCUGAAGCUCAAUAUGGCUCUAAUUCUCCUCCCGGUUUGCAGAAAAACACUCACGGCCUUACGAGAAACAUUUCUAGGCAGAUUGCUCCCAUUUGACGAUAAUAUCAACUUCCACAAAGUCAUCGCUGGUGCCAUUGUUAUCGGCACUUUGAUUCACACCUUAGCCCACAUGUGUUGCAAUUUCAUAAGGUUGAGCACUUGCCCACCCAACACUUUCAAUCGUGUUUUUGGUAAUCUGCUUCCGAAGCAGCCAACAUACAUGGACUUAGUACUAACACUCCCAGGUUUGACGGGCGUGAUCAUGGAUAUUAUGAUGAUCUUUUGCUUUCUUCUAGCCACAACUGCUUUCAGAAGGAAUCUUGUCCAUUUGCCAUGGCCGUUUAAUCAUCUAGCCGGCUUUACGGCCUUUUGGUAUGCUCAUCAUCUUCUGAUCAUCGUUUAUAUCUUGUUGAUCCUUCAUGGUUACUUCCUAGUGUUCACCACCGAAUGGUACAAGAAAACAACAUGGAUGUAUCUCUUGAUCCCAAUACUGUGCUAUUCAACGGAGAGAAUCAUUACGUCCUACGAUCAAUGCCAUAAGGUUAAUAUCGUUAAGGCUAUCAUAUAUUCCGGAAAUGUGCUAGCACUCUACAUGAGCAAACCUAACGGAUUCAAAUACAAGAGCGGGAUGUACCUAUUUGUUCAAUGUCCAACUUUAUCAGGCUUCGAAUGGCAUCCGUUCUCCAUCACGUCUGCACCUGGAGACGACUACUUAAGUGUACAUAUUCGUUGUUUGGGAGACUGGACGACAGCCCUCAAAGACGAAUUCGCAAAGGCCUGUGAGCCUCCACCAAAACCUCAAGUUGCUGAUGCUGCUGCUUCAAAAGCUAUGAGAGGAAACCUUGUUCGAUUGGAAACUCGGGCAAAUACGAAUGUUCCUCUAGAGGAAUCACAAGCAAUUUAUCCUAAAAUCUUCAUCAAAGGACCUUACGGAGCACCGGCUCAAGAUUACGGGAAAUACGACAUCCUGUUACUAAUUGGCUUGGGUAUUGGAGCAACUCCAUUCAUUAGUAUUUUAAAAGAUCUUUUAAACCACCAAAGGGACUCAGGUUUUGAUCAUAAAGGUCCUGAUCGAGCAUACUUCUACUGGGUGACAAGGGAGCAAGCAUCGUUCGAAUGGUUCAAAGGAGUUAUGGAUGAUAUAGCAGAAUAUGAUAAAAACGACAUGAUCGAAAUGCAUACAUAUCUAACCUGUGUUCAUGAAGAAGGUGAUGCACGAUCCGCACUCAUUGCCAUGGUGCAGUCUCUGCAACAUGCCAAAAACGGAGUCGAUGUCGUCUCGCAAAGUCGUAUAAGAACACAUUUCUCAAGACCUAACUGGAAGAGGGUAUUCUCAACUUUAGCAGGCAGACAUGCAUCGGCUAAAAUUGGUGUGUUCUAUUGUGGGAGUCAAACGCUCACCAAGCCAUUGAGAGAACUUUCGAAAGAAUUUAGCAUAGAAACCUCGACUCGCUUCGACUUCCACAAAGAGAACUUCUGA